AGAUGCAAAUUUAAUUUUUAUCAUCAUGAUUUCAGAGUUGUCCUCUCUUUUUCCUGGUUCUUCCAAAAUCCCAACAGUACGCUUAUAUUAGUCUUCCAAGACAAUAUUAUGUUGAAUAAUCAAACAAUUUUUACUAAUCUAACCACCGGUAGAUGAAAAUUGCUCCUUCAAGAAUACCAAUCAUCAUUCUCAGAUCAAUUAUUUUGAUAACCCCCUUCCCCUCUCUCUCCUUGAGUGACCAAGGGAGGGAGAGAGAGAGAGAAAAAAAGCUGAUUUCUUCUGUGUGUUCUUGAAGUGAAAAAUGCAAUUGAAAUCUGUCAACACAUUUGCAAUCACAAUCAUGUUGGGUUUUACACUUAUCAUUCUGUUCUUCUCUGGAUUUCUUGAUUUCCCACUUCACACUUCUUCAAUCCCAUCAACGAAAAAUCAAAUCUUGACCACCAUCUCAGUUUCCGAGCCCGACCCGUUUAGUAAUUUGUUGGGUGCUUUUAAGAAAUGGGAUUCUCAAGUGGGUUGUGCUCAGUUUAGGGGGAAACACAAAGGGUUAUUAGGAAAUGGGUUGUUGUUGGAUUCUUCUUCUGGUUCUUUGCAAAAUGUUGAUGAUGGUGAAUUGAAGUGUAAUGAGCUAAAGAUGGAUCAUGUGAGUGUAUUAGUUAAAGGGUGGACUUGGAUUCCUGAUAAUUUAGAUAAUUUAUACUCUUGUCGGUGUGGGCUUAGCUGUUUGUGGACUAAAUCUUCGGUUGUUGCUGAUAAACCUGAUGCUUUGUUGUUUGAGACAUCUACUCCUCCUGUUGAGAGACGUCGAGGUGAUCCAUUACGUGUAUACAUGGAUCUUGAAGCUGGUAGAAAGAAAUCAGGGUAUGAGGAUAUAUUUAUUGGCUAUCAUGCAAAAGACGAUGUCCAGUCAACCUAUGCGGGCACACUUUUUCAUAACAAUCGGAAUUAUCGCCUUUCUCCUUAUAAGAACAAUGAUACUCUUGUUUACUGGUCUUCGUCACGUUGUCUUCCUCAAAGAAACCAGCUUGCCAAACGUCUACUCAGCUUGCUACCCUCCCAUUCAUUUGGCAAGUGCCUGAACAAUGUUGGAGGUCUAGACAAGGCACUCUCGUUUUAUCCCGAGUGCAUCAAGGAUUCUAAGGAAGCACCCAAAUGGUGGGAUCAUUUGCAUUGCGCAAUGUCACAUUACAAGUUUGUCCUUGCUAUUGAGAACACCAAGACUGAAAGUUAUGUAACAGAGAAGUUGUUUUACGCACUGGACUCUGGUGCAGUCCCCAUUUAUUUUGGUGCCCCGAAUGUCUGGGACUUUGUACCUCCACAUUCAAUAAUUGAUGGAAGCAAGUUUAGCUCUUUGGAGGAAUUGGCCUCGUACGUUAAGGCCAUUGCUAAUAAUCCGGUAGCUUAUGCAGAGUACCAUGCAUGGAGAAGAUGUGGCGUGAUGGGGAACUAUAGAAAAACACGGGCAGCUAGUCUGGAUACUUUGCCUUGCAGGUUAUGUGAAGCCAUCAGUAAAAGAAAUGGAAGAAAUGCAAAAGCCUCUUGACUAUUCAACUGCAAAACUACAGGCUUACUAGGUUUUAAAUUUCAUUAUUAUUGUGUACUUAGGUCAACUAGUGUUGUUUGUAAACAGUGCAUGUGUUGUUAGGAUAUAGACUAGGUAAAGUGGCUUGUAAAGAUCUCAAAUCCUUACAAAUUAAUACUACAUAAAUUUUGGUCCAACAAAAUUGAGCAUUCGAUUUCCACCAA